AGUGUUAGGAAAGGGCGCGGGGGGCGGUCGGCUGUCUGGUGGUGCUUCCUGCCCGACAUCCCAACAACUGGAAAGUUUGUCGGUCGGUCAGAACACCUAUACAUAUCCAAUUUGUCCGUCGGUGGAUGUGCAGGAGCCGUAUCAGAGCUUUGCCAGCCCUCAGCAGUUUGGCCGACGUGUCUUCAGCUAGCAGUUGGUUUCCGGCAUCGCCUCAAUAGGAACUAAACCUGGAAGCGUUUGUUUACACAGCCAAAUAAGUAUGCGGGAAAUUUUGCACAUACAGUGUGGUCAGUGUGGAAAUCAAAUUGGCAGCAAGUUCUGGGAAACGAUAUCUGGAGAGCAUGGCAUAGACUCAAACGGUGUCUACAUCGGUAACUCCGACUUGCAGCUGGAGCGCAUCACUGUUUACUACAAUGAGGCCUCAGCUGGAAGCCAAUCGUGCAGCAGCAGGUACGUGCCAAGAGCCAUUAUGCUGGACCUGGAGCCUGGCACGAUGGAAGCGGUACGCAGCGGGCCCUACGGACAGCUCUUCCGGCCCGACAACUUUGUGUACGGUCAUGGUGGCGCCGGCAAUAACUGGGCCAAAGGCCACUACACCGACGGCGCCGAGCGCGUGGACUCGGUGCUCGACGUGGUGCGUAAGGAGGCAGAGAGCUGCGACUGCAUCCAGGGAUUCCAGCUGACUCACUCCUUGGGAGGUGGCACGGGUUCCGGCAUGGGAACACUUCUCAUCUCUAAGAUUAGAGAAGAAUAUCCAGAUCGCAUCAUAAAAACAUACUCGGUGCUGCCAUCGCCAAAGGUGUCUGACACGGUGGUGGAACCGUACAAUGCGACCCUGUCAGUGAAUAAGCUGGUGGAGAUUACAGACCAGACUUACUGCAUUGACAAUGAGGCACUGUACAACAUAUGCUUCCGGACGCUGAAGGUGCCUAAUCCCAGCUAUAGCGACCUCAACCACCUCGUCUCACUCACAAUGUCAGGAGUAACAACGUGUCUCAGGUUCCCUGGGCAGCUGAAUGCGGACCUGCGUAAGCUUGCUGUGAACAUGGUUCCUUUCCCGCGUCUGCACUUCUUCAUGCCGGGCUUCGCCCCGCUUACAUCACGCGGUUCACAGCAAUACCGCGCGCUCACCGUGCCGGAGCUUACACAGCAAAUGUUUGAGGCCAAGAACAUGAUGGCCGCCUGUGAUCCAAAGCACGGGCGAUACCUCACCGUUGCUGCGAUCUUCCGCGGCCGCAUGUCCGUUAAGGAGGUGGACGAGCAGAUGCUGAGCAUGCAGAACAAGAACAGCAACUGCUUCGCAGAGUGGAUCCCUAACAACGUGAAGACGGCCGUGUGCGACAUUCCGCCCAAGGGCCUCAGCAUGUCCUCUACGUUCAUCGGCAACACAACAGCCAUACAGGAAUUGUUUCGGCGUAUUUCAGAGCAGUUCGCUUCCAUGUUGCGACGCAAGGCUUUCUUGCAUUGGUACAUAGGCGAAGGCAUGGACGAGAUGGAAUUUGCAGAAGCAGCCUCCAACAUCGACGACUUGAUCAGCGAGUACCAGCAGUACCAGGAGGCGACUGCAGAAGACGACGACGACCAGGGCGAUGACCAGGAUGACGAAGUAGAAGAGGCUGCCGAGGAUAAGGUGGCGGAUGUCUCAGCGUACAGCCUGGACGACACACGGGUUGUGGGCUAGCCAUACCAUAUUUACGUUUAAUAAAAUCAAAAUAUCGAUUGAUAGCGGAUGUUGCAGUUACAGAUAUAGUUAUGAGCGCAAAACUAAGUAUUGCAUGCAUCAAUAAACAUGUUUAAAGGGACGUAUUUUUCUUUGAUCUGCUGUAACAAUUGGUCCCCUGAAAUUGGUAAAUUAGUUUAUUUACGAGAAGAAAUGAUGGAGAUGCAAAAUUUAGAUUUUAUCAAAGCUUUUUUUCCAUUCAAUAGUUGUAUUUGGUUUUCCGUUACAAUAAUCUGGUUCGUCUUUGUUCUAAAUUUCAUAUCGAAAAUCACAACUGCGAAGUUACACACAAAGAGCGAGAAAACUAUGGCUUGUGUGGUCAGUAAGAAAUAAAAGAACAUGAUUUAUUCA